AUGCCCUAACUCAUCAUGGCGGACGGAAGUGACUGCUUUGCCCUUAUGUGGGACGGACGGCUGAACUUCCCCCCGCCCGCCUCCAGGUGGUGCAGUGACAGCUCGGCCGGUGUGUGUCGGUCGGUGAGCGGAAAGAUGAGUCUCACUCCUCCGGUGUUCUGGGCGCAGCGGCACAAGGAGAUCUUCCUGAGGGUGGAGCUCAGCGAUGUGCAGAAUCCAGAGAUCACCAUCACAGACAAUGUUCUGCAUUUCAAAGCUCUUGGACACGGCGCUAAGGGAGUGAACACGUAUGAGUUUUCCUUGGAAUUCCUGGAGCCUGUAAAAGCGAAGGUGGUGCAGCGCUGCACACAGCGGCAUGUCAACCUCACCGUGAAAAAGGGCGAAAAUCGAUGGUGGCCGCGCUUAAUAAAGCAGGAGCGUAAGCCGCUAUUCCUGGUGCCGGAUUUCGAUCGCUGGCUUGACGAGUCGGAUGCGGAGAUGGAGUUGCGGGACAAGGAAGAAGAAAGGAUAACCAAGAUCAGGGCAGAGUCCAGAGUCCGCGAAGAUCCUUUCCUGUACUUGAAGCGCGGCUACUUGUUCAUGUAUAAUCUCGUGCAGUUCCUGGGCUUCUCCUGGAUCUUCGUCAAUAUGACCGUCCGACUUUUUAUCUUAGGAAAAGAUUCCUUUUAUGACACCUUUCACACCAUGUCUGAUAUGAUGUAUUUCUGCCAGACCUUGGCUCUUCUGGAGAUUGUAAAUCCUUUAAUCGGAUUGGUGAAGACGGGAGUGGUGCCAGCAGUGAUCCAGGUUAUGGGCAGGAACUUUAUACUUUUUAUCAUCCUUGGGCAAAUGGAUGAGAUGCAGAGCAAAGGUGUCGUCUUCUUCAUAUUCUACCUGUGGAGCACCAUUGAAGUCUUUAGGUACCCAUUCUACAUGCUUGCCUGCAUAGAUAUGGAUUGGAAUCUUCUUACUUGGCUCAGAUACACCAUUUGGAUCCCACUGUACCCACUUGGAGCAUUUUCAGAAGCUGCCGGCGUUGUCCUGUCUAUGCCCAUCUUCAAUAAGACCGGCAAAUACAGUUUAAACCUCCCAUCACCCCUGAAUGUGACCAUCAGCUUCUCCGUCUUUCUGUCCAUCUACCUGGUACUCCUAUUUUUGGGUCUCGCCAUCAAUUUCCGUCACUUAUACAGGCAGAGGCGCAAGCGUCUGGGGAGCCGGAAAAGGAAGACGGCAUAAUUGUUUUUUUUUUUUUUAUAUAUAUAGUGAUUGGGAGAAGGUUUUUUUGUUUAAUUACCCCAAAUCUUUUCUUGUUUUACUCCUUAGUCCAGGGGGGAGGCAACCUCUCCCCUCCAGCUGAAACUACUAAUCCCAUCAUGCCGCUGCCUCUAGGAGUCAUGCCUGUGAUUGUCGGGGUCUUGCAAUGCCUCAUGGGACUUGUAGUUUCACCACAGCUGGAGGGCCGAGGUUGUCCUGAUCCCUGCCUUAGUACAUUGUUCAGUUGUGUGUUGUGUGUGUUUUGUUUUGUUUUGUUUUUUUCUUUUACUUUCUGGGACCACAAAGGUCGAAGGGCAUUGCUACUGAAAGCUGAACAGUAGAAAGGGAUUGAUUGAGUGUAAUGAGCAAUUAUCACUUACCUGUGAGCCACCUACUGACCUCCACAUUUAUAGGUGGAUUCAGAAAGACUUAGGCCGGCGUUUCAGUAGAUACGCCGGCCUAAGUCUGAAUCUGCGCCGACGCAA